ACGUCAUACUGGCAAAUAUCACUUCGAUCCGUUUCGAAAUCUUCGAAAGUUGUCUUGUCCACUUUGAAAAGCGAAAUUUGUCAAGAUGAGCGCUAAGUUACAGCACUAUAAAGACGAAAUCAAUAAAUUUCUAAAUCAAGACAAUGCCUUUUGCAACGGCUUGGCGAAAAUCGAAGAGAAAACCAAAGUUAACCGUCUCCACAUCUUCCUUGGUGCCAUAGGCUUAUUCUCGUUGUAUUUGAUCUUCGGCUACGGUGCUGCUUUAAUUGUGAAUGCUCUGGGCGCUAUGUACCCGGCAUAUGCCUCAGUUAAAGCUGUCGAAAGCAUUGACAAAGAUGAUGACACACAGUGGCUUAUUUAUUGGAUUGUCUAUGCUGCAUUCACUGUUGUUGAAUAUUUCUCUGAUUUUCUUUUCUCGUGGUUCCCAUUCUAUUUCCUUGCCAAGUUGAUUUUCCUCUGCUGGUGCAUGGCUCCAAUCUCUAGCAACGGAAGCACUUUCAUCUAUCACCGAUUCAUCAAACCUUUCGUUGUGAAACAUCAAUCCGAGAUUGACGAGGCCUUGAACGAAGCAAGAUCAGCCGCAAGCUCUGCCGCAAACACUGCUAUGGAUCAAGCCAAGAAUGAAGCCAUGAAGCAAUACCUCCAACAGCAAGAACAGAAUGAUGAGGAAGAAGAUAAAAAAGACAUGUAGAAGAGUUCACACAAACAAGCAACACACAGAUUCACAUGAAUUGCUCUUCCAAAUUAAUGGGGCCAAACACAUGAUUUGAAGGCAGACAAACAGAUUUUGUAUUUUUCUUUGAACAUUUUAGCCUAGAUUGAGGAAACGUUUUGAUGAUAACACAUCACAUGCAUAUGCAUUUUGGGAUCAAUCUAGUCGAACUUUGAGGAACUGUUUUGGUGUGUCUAGCAUCUUGAAUAAUUUAAUACUGGAUGGUAGCUUUUUAUUAAAACAGAGUGUUUGUGACUUUA